GAAGGCAGCAGGGGGGCAGCCCUCCACCCAUCACACCGUUUUUUGGUGCAAACUAGCGAACACCACAUGCAUUAUUCGUGCAAAUUAAAUUUUUGCAAAGUUAUACCUCUAGAAACCUUUUACUGAAAUAUUGCAUAUAAAUUUACUUCGCAGGAGCAAGCAAGAUACCAAAACAGUGCUACGCCAAGGACAGCAGCAUCUCCUCCAAGUGCCACUACCCCACCUCAUUCCCUGCCAGAGCCUACACCACCAUGCCUGGCCAGUUCAGAACCCCCAGUGACCCUCCUGUGUCCGGCCUCCUCUCUUUCCCCUCCUCCUGGAGCUCUGGCCACCUGCAGCCCCUACGUUUCCGAGCCCGAACUGAAUCCAUGGACUGGCGGCGCCUCUCUGCCCUGGAUGUGGAUCACGUGGCCAGGGAGAUGGACGUGGUCGUACUGCAGGAGUACAUAUCUGCUGUCACCUUCUGUGAUGUCACAGGUGAGAGGUGUCCCUACUGCCGUAGCCCUGCUGACCCGGCCCUUGUCAACCUACUACGUAUGUCCCAGCUCAGCACAGAGUACCUGCUGCACUGUCAGGACUACCUGAGCUCCCAGGUGUCUGGGCUAGAGGACCGUCUACAGGGGGUCCUCUCUAAGGCAGACCGAGAGGGAGAGGAGAGGGCCAGGCUGGACUCUGAGCUACAGGCCACUAAACAGGAGAGCAAACUCAGGAAGAAGAUGCUAGCCACACAGCAGCUUCUACUACAGGCUAGCUUCAACAACUACCACAAGUGCCAAUGCUGUGAGAAGUCCUUCAUCAACUAUUCCUACUUACAAGCCCACCUACAGCGCAGGCACCCGGAGCUGACAGACACAGAGCGGCAGAAGAAGAGGCAGGUGGAACAGAUGGAGGAUGGGAUAGAGGAGCUGAGAGAGAGGCUGAAACUGUCCCAGACUAGACUGGACGUAGAGAGGGAAGCAGAGGCCCUUAGGAAACAGCAGGAGCUGGAAGAUCAGCGAAGGAAAGAGACCUCGGAGAGAGAGAAGAUGGAGAGCUGGAAAGAGGAGGAGAGGAAGAAGUUUCAUGAGGAAAUGAGGGACCUGAAGCAGCUGUUCCUGCAGGAGUUCAGAGAUAUGGCCAGCAGGAGCUCCUCCAUCGAGGCUAAACUACAGGAGCUCCAGACCAGAGAAGAAGUGACUGUUUCUAACCUGGGCUCCUAUCAAGAGGAGGAGGAGCUGCAGCAGAGAGAAGAGGCAGAGAAGAGGAUGAUGAUGAUGAAGAAGAAGAUGUCUGAGCAGAAGCGUGAGUGGAACAAACGGUUUAAAGAGAGCCAGAACAGGCACGUGUUGGAGAGAGACGAGCUUCAGAGUGAGAAUGAUAGGUUGCAGCUGGCCCUGUCUGUAGAACACAGGUCAGACCGACACAAGCUAGAACAACAGGUCACUACCCUGUCUGCCAGGGUCCAACAGAAAGACCGGCUCAUCAGGUCUCAGGAGGAUAAGAUCAACAAGAUGUCUAGAAGAACAGUGGCAGAUACUCCCAUCAAACAAACGUUCCAACACUCCACGGAAGAGGAGGAGGAAGAAGAGGAGGAGGAAGAAGAGGAGGAGGAAGAAGAGGAAGAAAAUCUGGAGGAUUCUGGUGAGACCAGGAGUAGACUGUUGGAGUCCCUCCGGAGGAACCCCGCCUUGGUGAAGGAGUUCAGACCCAUACUAGAGGAAACGCUGGAGGAGAGGCUGGAGAAGAUGGGUCUCAGAAAGGGAACCAAGGGUAUAUCCAAGAAGACCUUUAAGAGCCUGAGCACGUUGGUAUCUGGUCAGCGACAUCAGAUGUCCAGACAGAAAGCAGACCUCCUGGAGCUCAGGGAGAGCCUGGCCAGAGAGCUGACGCGCAGAGUGCACGCCCUGCAGAGGAGCCAGGGGAUCACCGUACCUAAUUUACCCAGACAGGUUACCAUACCCAGUACCACCCCUCAGUCCCACAAGAAGAGGAGUCCUAGCCGGGAGAAGAGUCCAAAAAGCAGACAGACACCAGUGAAGGUGAAGGUCUCCUUGAGGAAAAAGAAGGCUCCACGACCUCAACAGACACCAAGCACUCAUAGAAAAAAGAACAGCACCCCUCCCUUCAGUUCUGAGGAUGAGGCGUCAGGAGAAGACAUUCCGUCUGUCACCAGCCCUGACAGUAGAUCUGGUGUCUCUGUCACCAGCCCUGGCAGUGGGUAUGGCCCCUCUGUGAGGGUGGUGCGGUCUGGAUCCAGCUCAAGGCAGAAGUACCCCAUGUCUGGUUCUACCCAGGGAGAGGACUGGUCUGGGACAGACACAGAGCUCUCAGAAGGGCCUACAAGUCUAACAGCCCACCGUGGAGCACAAAAUCAGACUGUUAAAACCCUGACCAGAAGCUUGGAGAGACAGUUGAGUUCUCCAAUGAACAAGCCAGUAGGAGGAACCCGAGUGGUGAUGCCACCAGUAGCAGCCAAGGUCUUACCCAAACCCAAACCCAGGACAGCGUUAAAAACCCUACAGUUAUCGGACGAAGAAAGCGACCUAGAACUGUCUUCCAUUGAGGAGCUCCUGUCCCUGCCGGUAGGGGGCCAGUCUCAGUCCCUAGGGGGGCGAGGGAGCACCGAGGUGGGCCUGGGAGGAACUUCAGGAACCAGCGUGUGGAGCUCCUCAACCAGCAGAGCAGGAGGGCUUUAAUGCACUUUUCCUGUUUUUUACAUUUAGUUAGUGCUAUGUAUCCUUUAUUUAUCCAGAUGAGUGCCUUUUUUGAGAUGGAAAUCUAUUUUUCAAUGGGCGUAUGUGAUAUAUGAAUGACUAUUUUCCAAGUUUUAAAACAAUUAGCAGAAGAUGCAUUCCAACGUGAUGAGGAGCUGGCAUGUAAUACCAGUUAUAAAACAAUUACAGAAUCAAAUAACCUUUAGGUUUUAUUCCCCAAAAAAAUCCAGAAUCAAGCUAUACUCAGCAAAAAAUAGAAACGCAACAUGUAAAGUGUUGGUCCAAUGUGUCAUGAGCUGAAAUAAAAGAUGACAGAAAUGUUCCAUAUGCGCAAUAAAAAGCAUAUUUCUCAAAAAAAAGUGUAUUUCUAUCAAAUUUUUGGCACUAAUUUAUUUAUCCCUGUUAGCGAGCAUUUCUCCUUUGCCAAGAUAAUCUAUCCACCUGACAGGUGUGGCAUAUCAAGAAGCUGAUGAAACAGUAUGAUCAUUACACAGGUGCACCUUGGU